AUGACGACCGAAGCGCAUGAAAAAGUGCACGAGGCAUUACAUGAUAUGUUUGUGCGCAAAUUCGUCCUCAUGAAUGGCCUUGACCUCCAACUCCACAUGACUGGGCAGGCUGAGAAAGAGUCCAAUGGCCGCAGGAAGAAGGCCGACCAGUCGUACCGCCCCAAGCCUUUGCCAGCCAACCGCUCGAUGGUGGAAGAUAUAUAUAAACCAUCAAAACGAUUGCCACAAAACGCGCGUUUGCCAGAUGGUGGCGUGGAGCCACAUAUUACCGAUGGCUAUGUGGCCAGCAUUCCCCCGGACGAACUGGUCAACCGGUUUUUGUGA